AUGGCACCGAUCUUCACCUACGCCGUCGCCGCCCUGGCCUUCGCGCAAAGCGCCUACGCCGUGGUCUACGCAGCCAGAUGCAAAUUCGGCAACCCACUCGUUCAGAACAACAGGAUCACUCGCGCCGUCUGCGAUCUCACCAACGAACAUACGACCAAGGACGGAUCUUGGCACUACGUCGAGGUAGACAACGAGUGCAAGUACCUCGCUGGCGACAAUCCCAGGGACCAGCCGGGGUGGGCCGUGUUCGUCAAGUACUGCCCGGAGCAGAACGCGGCAGCAGACAAGAGCAGAGCACGCGGUGAGCAGACCUGUGGGUUUGUUAGGACGCCGGUCGAUGAUGUGAGUAGAAGGGCGGAGAGUGCUACGACCCCAGUCUGCGAGGGAGACUGA